AGGAUGCUACAAGGUUCAGAUAUCCUGGGGCAUCAGAGGCCUCUGAUCAUCAGGUUACCAUUCACCGCAUGUGUUCUGGGAGCUGUCUGCCUGCCAUUGUUUGGCCUAGCAACCUGUGUCCUCAUAUCUUAUGUUUUCCAUUUUGAGGACUCUACUGGUACACAUUGUCAGGUUCCUAAUUAUCUGCCAUCCAUCAGUGCCUCAAUUAGCCUGAGCCCUGAGUGCUACAUCUGGCGGUUCUGCAUUGGGCUGCACUCGGCACCAAGGCUCUUAGUGGCAUUCACCUACUUCAAAUUUUACCAUGGGCGCUUUGCUUCAAGGUUCCCGGAGAGUUGUGUCUGCUGCUUGAAUCUUGCUUUUUCCUUUUUUGAAAACCUUGGCCUCUUUCUCCUUACUUACGUGUCAUCCAGUGAGACCUACUUUGUACAUAAGGAAGGCUUUGUCCUGUUCAUUGUCAGUUCUGUUAUCUACAUGUCGAUAACCUGCUGGCUGUGGAGGAUCAUCAGAAAGUACUCACUCAAUCCUGAGGAAGCUAAAUCUUACCACCGGAAAGUACGUUUGUUAACCCUCAACAUUUGCUUCUGCGCUUUUGCUGCGUACUUUUAUUGGAAACACAACAUGUACUGUGAAUCAGGGAGUUAUACAUUUUUUGCCCUGUUUGAGUACUUGGUGGUUCUCUCCAACAUGGCCUUCCACCUCACGGCAUUAUGGGACUUUAAGAGCUGUGAGGUCAUGGUCAUCUCACUGUCUGAGGAUAAAGACUACUGA